AUGGUUACCCCUGCCCGCCUUAACCCCCCUCCUGUCUUUACAUGCGCCCGCGACGGUUUCUCUGCCUUGGCCUGGCUCGUUGCGGUUAACCGCUACUUCAACCUUGCUAAGAUAAGUGAGACUGAACGAACACCCCACGCUCUCUCGUACUUGGGCACGCCUGGCCCUGCCCGAUGGUUUGAUGGAUGUGGGCUCCCUGAUACUUGCAACUUCGAGACCGAGUUUACUCCUGCUUUUAAGCUAGAGUACAUUCCCAACAACUUUGCGGGCUCCUGUCGACGACACCUCACCAAUCUUCGCAUGACCACCAACUUUUCGACCUACUUAUCUACAUUCAAGGAACUUUUGGGCGCCCUCCUUGGUUAUGCCUCCACCGACACUGCCAAGACCACGGUCAACGAGUUCGCCCAAACAUCCAUUAUCGACAACUGCCCCUUGGUUCUUCAACAGAUGAUCGAAGGACACAUUAUUCAAAACCCCAAUAUCACCCUCAUUCAGAUCUUUCAAUACGCCCAAGAGAUGGACCGCAUUUACUCCUUCAAACCCGACACCGGCCCCAAGACCAACUCGCUCGCCAUCGCCUCCGUGUCACAGUAUCAUAAUCUGUUGUGA